AUGGACCAAUCUGAGAGAGAAGCUGCCUCCAGACGCGGGGACACCCGUCGAUUCACCACUAUGGAAGGAUGGCGGGAGGUAGCCAAUAACCUAUACUACAUUGCCGGACAGGGCUUGAUCAACAUCGAUGCAGACCUCUUAGAUGACGACAAAGAUAUCAUAACCCGCAAAGCCGUCCAUACACGACGAAUAUCCUCACUCGCUAAACGUAACGACGACAUCAAUGCCAUUAAGGAUACAAACAAAUCGGUUAACUCCGAAGAGAAGCUGGAAGCAGUCGUGGUGGAAGAGCCCUACCACAUCUUCCCCCCAAGACAGAGGUGGCAGGUUGUUAUCACCAUUGGCGCUGCAGGUUUAUUCUCUGGAUUGUCAUCCAACAUUUAUUUUCCCGCUUUGGAUUUGAUUGCCCAGGAUCUUAACGUCAGCCUACAACUUGUAUCAUUGACCAUAACCUCCUACCUCAUCAUCCAGGGUAUCUCUCCGGUGAUUUGGGGAUCUUUUGCUGAUGCUCUUGGACGUCGUCCAAUCUACAUUGCGUCCUUUUCGGUCUAUAUACUGGCGAAUAUCGCGCUGAGCUUCUCUCCCAACUUUAUCGUUUUGAUUGUUUUUAGAGGUCUGCAGGCAGCUGGUAGCGCAUCCACGGUUAGUAUAGGCAACGGUGUCAUACAAGACAUAGCCCCGCCGGCUAAGAGAGGGUCGUAUAUCAGCUUCUACCAAGCUAUCCGAAACUUUAGUAUUGCCGUAGGGCCCGUCCUUGGGGGCGCUUUGUCGAACUCGUUCGGUUUCCGGUCUAUUUUCGUCUUUCUCUUCGUCAUAUCUUCCAUUGUUUUAACCGUCAUCGUUAUAUUUCUGCCCGAAACGAUGAGAAGCAUUGCUGGUAAUGGUUCUAUCAGGCUAAAAGGAAUCUACAACCCCCUGAUCCGCCUUAUCACAAAAGAGCCGAACUACAUGCAGGACCCCGAAGAGGCAAUUGUGCGAAAGGGGAUAACCGUCUCAGCGUUUACGGAUCCGCUUCGGCUUUUUCUACAAAAAGACGUUCUGCUAAACUUAAUCUUUGGGGGCGUCAUCUACACGAUUUGGAGUAUGGUCACAUCGACGACAACUAGUCUUUUCAAAUCGGCGUUCGGUUUAAAUGAGCUGCUUAUUGGUCUUUCUUUUUUGCCUAAUGGAGUGGGAACCAUCGUUGGCUCUGCAAUUAUAGGAAACCUUAUGAACAGAGACUUCAGAACAGCCGAAGGAGCCUACAAAGUGGAGCACAACCUGCCGGCUGAGUUUAAGCUCCCUGCAAAGGCACUGCCUGCCGAUUUUAAGAUCGAGCACGCGCGACUCAACAAUCUGUCUUGGGUCACAUUGCUGUUCGUUGCUUCCACAGGUGUAUACGGUUUAACCGUCCAAAACGUGACCUUGACGUCCUUACCCGGCUGGAUCAUAGUACCGCUUCUGUUACAGUUCCUGAUUGCAGCUACAAGCAAUGCGGUGUUCGCGAUGAACCAGACCCUUGUCUCGGACUUGUGUCCUGGUAAGGGUGCGAGCAGCACUGCUAUCAAUAACCUGGUGCGGUGUAGCUUGGCCGCCGUCGGGGUAGCUUUCGCCGAAACCAUGCUUGGAGCGCUGGGUCCUGCCGUAUCGUUCCUCCUGCUUGCGUUCAUUGUAGUCAUCUUUAUACCGAUUGCCGUGGUGAACUGGUUCUACGGCCCGACAUGGAGGAUGGAGAGGCUACAGAUGCAAGAGCGUCUAGAAAGAAAGGAAUCUGCGUAG